AUGAAAGAAGCCCCAGAAAAGGUCAUCAAGCGCAAAUUGCUGCCCAUCGAUUUGGCAAGAAUCAAGGCCUUGAUUCCUGAUGAUGUAAUCUUCGACUACUUUGAUGAGAAUCAGUUGGUACUUGAAGAUAAGCAUUUCACCUGGAAGGAUGGAUUUCAGCAAAAGGACAUCGAUAUUUUUGAGCUUAAAGAUGACGAUGGAAAAGAUCGAGUCUUUAAACAGCUACUUAUAUUCGAGUUUAUAGACGGAGAUCUUACCAAGUCUCGUACUUCCACCACUUUCAAGACUCAAAUGAAAGUCCCCCAGUAUUCUGUUGAGUCAAUCAAAAAAUUGAUUGUCUACCGUAACGAAAAGUUUGAUUCUGCCUUACAAAAGUUCUUGGAUGGUCAUCCGAAUCAUCCGUGGGAUACGCUUACUGAGAUGGCUCAGCAGCAUAUUCCUCAUAAAGCCGAAUUUGUCGAUCCCAUGGCGGAGAUGGAGAGUCGUACAGAUGCCGAUGAUUCCGGCAAAAGACCCUCUGUAGGCAAUCUUAUUGCAAAGUUGAGGCACACAACGUUCUAUAGAGACCAAAUACCCGUCAAUGGUCAGUUCUUUAUUCCUCCUAUAGCUGCCAAAUAUGGAGAUUUGGACUUUGCACUCAGUCCAAAACUAAUGGAGGCAUUGAGUCAAUCAAAGGGUAUUGAGAAAUUCUACUCUCAUCAAGCAGAAGCUAUGAAUAUGAUUCACAGUGGUAAAAAUGUCAUUGUAUCCACGUCUACCUCGUCUGGUAAAUCUUUGAUCUAUCAGCUUCCUGUUCUAGAUGCUAUAGAACGUGAUCCUUGCAUCACAGCCAUGUAUAUCUUCCCCACAAAGGCUUUGGCCCAAGAUCAGAAACGAUCUCUUCGUGAUCUACUCAACUCUAUGCCGGAAAUGAGCAAGUUGGUCGUCGAGACUUACGAUGGAGACACUGAAAAGAAAAACAGAGAGUUCGUUCGGACUAAUGCUUCGAUUAUCUUUACCAACCCGGAUAUGUUGCAUAUGAGUAUCCUUCCCAGCCAUCAUUUUUGGCAAAGAUUCUUGCGUAAUCUCCGUUACGUUGUAAUCGAUGAGUUGCACAUGUACAAGGCCUUGUUCGGUUCUCAUGUGGCGCUCAUUAUGAGACGUUUAUGUAGAAUCUGCUCUCUCUUUGGAAAUACUGAUCUUCAUUUCAUUUCCUGUUCUGCAACAUUGAAAGAUCCCGUGUCUCAUAUGCACAAUAUAUUUGGUGUCCCCUUUGAAGACAUAUAUCAUGUCAGUCAAGAUGGAUCUCCUUCUGGUGGUAAGCAUCUUGUUGCGUGGAAUCCUCCACUAAUCGAUGCUGGUGAUCCUAUGACAGGAAGAGUGAAUUUCAUUGGAGAAUCCGCUCGAAUAGUCAUUGAAAUGAUCAAGAACAAUGUUCGAACGAUCGUUUUCUGCGUUGUUAGACGCACUGUCGAGCUUGUAAUGAAGGAAAUCCGUCAUUUGUUGAAGAAUAAAGACCAAAUGGAGCUACUAGGUCAGGUUAUGAGUUACAGAGGAGGUUAUUCUGCUUCUGAUCGACGUAAAAUCGAGCAACAGAUGUUCCACGGUAACUUGAAGGCUAUAGUGUCUACCAAUGCGUUGGAAUUAGGUAUAGAUAUCGGUUCUUUGGACGCAGUCGUCAUGUGUGGCUUCCCCAUUAGUAUAGCCAACUUCCACCAGCAAAGUGGUCGUGCCGGUAGAAGAAACAAGGAUUCUCUCACGUUGCUUGUCUCCUCGGAUGACCCCGUUAGUCAGUACUAUAUGUCACAUCCUAGAGAGUUGGUCAAAACCGAGUAUCCAGAAUUGGCUCUUGAUUUCGAGAAUAUCCUCGUCUUAGAGGGCCACCUUCAAUGUGCUGCAUAUGAGAUUCCUCUUGCCAAAGAUCUUCAGUUGGAGGAGCCAUUUUUCUGUGACUAUAAGAAGCUAAAGGACGUGGUGGAAAAAAGAUUUGUAUUUGAUCCGUCUGAUAAUCGUUACCACUGUAAUCCCAGGUAUCUUCCCUGGCCGUCUUCCAAAGUGUCUAUUAGAGCCAUCGAGGAAGAUAGCUUUGCUGUGGUUGAUGUUACGAAUGGAAGAGAUGUAGUAAUUGAAGAAGUAGAGGCAUCUAGAAGUACAUAUACAUUAUACGAUGGAGGUAUCUUCAUUCACCAGGGUCUCCCUUAUUUGAUAAGGGACUUCAACCCUGACGAAAGAUACGCCAAAGUGGAGAGGGUGAACGUUGAUUGGACCACCUCUCAAAGAGACUUUACGAACGUCGAUCCGUUAGAGAUAGACAAGAUCCGAUCUUUAAGCAAAAGUGACGUCCCAAUCUACUUUGGCACUGUACAGACGACGAUGAUAGUGUUUGGAUAUUUCAAGAUGGGUCGAAGAAAUCAGAUCUUGGACGCAGUGGAGGUGCACAAUCCUCCAGUUAAAUUUAAAGCAAAGGGACUUUGGAUCGAUAUUCCUGAUAAAGCUUUAGAGUAUAUACAUAUCAAGGGAUUAAGUGCACCUGGAGGCAUCCACGCUGCACAGCAUGCCAUCAUCAACAUGCUUCCCCUAUUUAUAUUGUCUGGCUUGGACGAGAUUCGAACGGAAUGCAAAGCUCCAGAAAAGGAGUUUGGUCACAGAGAGAGCAGCCGGAAAAGACCAGCCAGAUUGAUCAUUUUCGAUAGCAAAGGAGGUCAGUUUGGAUCUGGUUUGAGUACGAAGGCUUUUGAUAACAUCGAUAUCAUUAUUGAACAGGCACUCAAGACUUUGUUGGAGUGUGACUGCGAAUGGGGAUGCCCCAAAUGCUGCGCUGCUGCAAAUUGCAAAGAGAACUCGUUGGUAUUGUCCAAAUAUGCUGCUAUCAUAAUUGUGGCAGUGAUUCUUGGGAAGAAAAUCGAUUUGAACUCUUUACCUAAUGGUCCAGAGCAGAAUAUGCCUGAGAUUACCAUUGAAACUAUUCGUCCUGCAAAGGAGUUUGGUAUGGUAAAGUUUGCAUCUGAUUUGGAGAUCAUAGACGUUCGUAAGGCUGAAAAGCCGCUAAUGCCGUUACCAAAGGAAGAAGAGGUGGUGUAUAUGAGUAGUAGCGUGAGGGAAGCAAGACAAGAAGUGAAACAAGAGAAAGAUGACGAUGAGAUAAUUGUCAAAAGAGAAGAUCAGGAUCACGUAUAA